UCAAAAUUAGUUCGUCGUGAAACUUCAACGGAUAAGGUUGUUCUACGUUCAAAUUGUUGAAAAACUUUGUGUCACGUGGUUUCAAAAACAAACAUUGUGUUUCUCGUACAUUUAAACUUGACCUUGUCUAUUUAUUUGUAUCUAUAGUGUCUAUUCAGCCAAUUAAAAGAGAUGAUAUUUAAACAAAUGCAUUUUCGUUCUUUAUAUCGGUCUGUUUCGAAUGUGUUAAUUAAGAAUUAUGAAGUUUGAUCAUUGAUGAGAAAUUAUAAAAUAAUAUUUUUAUAUAUUAUCUGUGGAACGACUUUUUGAUGAUUUUGUAUAUAUUUUUGGUUUCUGUACGUGUUCGAUGUCACUGAUGUUGUUUAUAGGAGAUAACGAUUAGUUUUGUUGUGAAUUCAAUUUUCAGUAAGAAGUAUGCAUAAAUCGAACAAUGUAAAUUAAGACUGAAAUCAAUUUUUGUGCCAUUUUAAAGAAUUAAAAAAAUAAACCAAAACAUUUAAUGAUAAAUAUAAUAAAACCACCUAAAUAAAACAGCAAUAUGGAAAAUGGAAGUUGGAGCAGUUGUUGUUGGCAUAUUUCUAUUUAUUAAACUAUCAUAUGCUCUCGCGCCUUCGGAAUUACUAAUUCUCAUCAUAAGUCAAGAAAAUAGUUACCACAAGCAAUUAAAUGAAAAUCUCCGAAGUAAUAUAUAUAAGCAAUCGAUUUCGUUAUCAACGGACCAUGUGAUCCACGUACAUGUUCUGCAUGAAAUAUUUAACCACCCUGGAGACUGGACCUUUCUGGCUGUGCUGCCCAAGCUUACAACAUCCAAUUUAAUAAAAUCAAAUACAAAAUGGAUUGUUCUUUGCGAAGACCGAAGCUUAAUUCAGUUAAAGCCAUUGAUAGACAACCUAUCGCAAGAAGAUUAUACAAAGGAACAAUAUUUCGGAUACCCACUUUAUGAUCAAGAGGCUACAAUCAUUCAUCACUUUGCAUUCUUUGAAAACCCCCGAUGGUUUGCCUAUCCCAUGCUCCAGGCAGGUGUUAUAUUUACGGUUCCACUUGUCCAACAUCUUGCAGAGUAUGUCUCGAAAGUGAAACGUACAAUGGAUUUUUCCAUAGAUGCCUCCCAUGAGCUGGCCCGAUUUAUUAUGGAAUAUGUAAAACCCAAAAGUCACAUGCACCACGAAACACGUACCCCAACACAUGACUACGAUGAGGACGACGACGACGAUGUAAAGGAUGUUGCAACCAAGGGAUUUGUAUCUCAUGUUGCCAUGAGAAACGGUGACAGCAUACCUAAGAAAAAGGCCACUAGCACUAGCAGGAUUCUCAUGCAGCCAGUGCCGUACGUUUGCCCAUCGGUGGUGGUAAAAGGACUCAGCACAGAUUGUGCCUUGUGUGUUAAUUCAUCGGUUUCCUCAUCCUGUAUUGCCGCUAGCAGAGAAACCAUUUAUUUUGUUAUAAAGACCUGUCACAAAUUUCUUACGGACCGAGUGCCAGUGAUACAAAGGACUUGGGGAAGAUAUGCUGUACACAAGCGAUUUUUCAGUGAUAAUGCAAAUAAAGACAUUCCAACGUUCGCAACUGGUGUGCCAAACACAGAGACGGGCCAUUGUUUAAAAACUCUAUCGAUUUUAAAGCUAGCAUUGAAUGAUGUUGAACGGCAUAACGAAAUCUCCAAUAGGCCGAUCCUUUGGAUUUUCCUUUCCGAUGAUGAUACGAUUUUAAGUGUAUCGGGAGUCUGUGAAGUUUUGGGGUGUUUCGAUCCUACUGCAGAUGUAUACUUGGGUGAACGUUAUGGAUUUAGACUGCAUUCGGAUGAUGGUUUCAAUUAUAUAACUGGCGGGGGUGGGAUUGCUUUUAGUUUGCCGACCGUAAGGAAAAUUGUGCAGUCAUGCACCUGUCCGACGAUAUCUUCGCCGGAUGAUAUGAUUUUAGGUUCGUGUUUGCAUGGAUUAAACGUGGAAGCUAUUCACUCUUGGAGAUUUCAUCAGGCUCGCCCAAUGGACUACCCCAAGCCCUUAUUGAAAAUGCAAAAACCUGUCUCAUUUCACAAAUUUUGGCAACUUGAUCCGAUUGCUGUUUAUCAAGAUUGGUUUGCUGAACAAGAUGAAAAAUUAUAUGCUCAUGAAUCCCCAAGCAGAAAAAUCAAAAAGGAUAUCAUUAAAAAUGCUUCCAAUAAAAUACAAAAUAAAAAAACCGAUGACUCGCACAGAUCUUUAAUCAACGUUGAACUUAAAACCAAUCAUGCGGAACUUUAGCUUAUGCCAAAGAAAUCAAAACCAAUGUACUUUCAGUGUAUAUAAAUAUAUAUUUUGUUAUUAAUAAUAAUAAUAUAACUUAAAUAUAAAAUGUUUACUAUUGGAAUACUGUAAAUACAGAGACACUUUUAAUUAUAACAAUAUUUAUUACUAUC